AUGUCAGGGACCCCAGAGCAGACUGGGUCGGAGCCUAAUUCAAGGGACUUUCAAGUGAAUUUCGAGGAAAGGGAUGGUGGCGGCAGAGGCCGAGGCCGGGGCCGAGGCCGGGGCCGGGGCCGGGGCCAGGGCCGGAGCCUGGGCCGGGGCUUGGACCAAGGCCGAGGCCAUGGCUGUGGCCAUGAGUGUGGUCCACACCAAGGCCUAGGACAAACUGCAAGCUGCAGCAGGGUCUCCUUUGACCAUCCGGAACCCAGGGUAGCAGACUCUCGUGAACCACCACUCUGCUUUAGCUUAAAGAACUGUAUGAUUGGUGCUGUAAUUGGUCGUGGUGGUUCCAAGAUAAAAGACCUUCAGAGUUCCACGAACACUAAGGUACAGAUCAUAAAUGGGAAUCCUGAAGCAGAAGUAAAAAUUUUUGGUAGCGAUGAGAUGAAGAGAAAGGCCAAAGCAGCUAUAGACGCUCUUGUUAAAAGACAAGAAAGGUACAAUUCAGAAUCUCGUGUUCAUAACCUAGCAUCCAAAUCCACUGUUGAAAGUGCUGCAUCCCAGAGCCCUGUUGAUAACGCUGCAUCUCAGUCGCAACCUGGAAAAAAAUUAAGCACAAGUGACACUGUUAAGAAAGUUCGACCAAUGAUAGAUUGGGACCAUAUCCGGGCAGUGACUAUAGAAUGGGAACAAAGAAAAUGGGCAGAUUUACCAGCAAUUAAGAAAGAUCUUUACAUAGAAUCCAAAGAGACAAGUUUGAUGUCUUCAGUUGAAGUAGAAAAAUGGAGAAAAGAUAAUUUUUCCAUAAUCUGUGAUGAUCUGAGAAAAGGUGAUAAACGUCCAAUCCCUAAUCCAGUGUGUAAAUUUGAAGAUGCCUUCAGUCAGUAUUUAGAACUGGUGGAAAAUUUAACCAAAGCAGGUUUCAAAAAACCUACACCAAUUCAGUCACAAGCAUGGCCAAUUAUUCUACAAGGAAUAGAUCUUAUAGGAGUUGCCCAAACUGGAACGGGCAAGACAUUGUCAUAUUUAAUGCCUGGUUUUAUUCAUCUUGUAUCUCAACCAACAACUAGAGAGAAAAGGAAUGGACCUGGCAUGCUAAUCCUUACUCCAACUAGAGAACUAGCUCUUCAGGUAAAAGUUGAAUGUUCUAAGUACUCAUAUAAAAAUCUUAAAAGUGUUUGUGUCUAUGGUGGUGGAAAUAGAAAGGAGCAAAUAAAAAAUGUUGCCAAAGGUGUAGAUAUCAUUAUUGCAACUCCUGGAAGAUUAAAUGAUCUGCAAAUGCAUAACUUUGUCAACUUAAGAACCAUAACCUAUUUGGUAAUAGAUGAGGCAGAUAAGAUGCUGGAUCUUGGAUUUGAACCUCAGAUAAUGAAGAUUCUGUCAGAUGUGCGUCCAGAUCGACAAACUAUCAUGACAAGUGCAACUUGGCCAGAUACUGUCCGUCGUCUUUCCCAGUCUUAUUUGAAAGAUCCUAUGAUUGUUUAUGUUGGUACUCUAGAUCUAGUUGCUGUAAAUACAGUGAAGCAACAUGUAAUUGUUACCAAAGAAGAAGAAAAGAGAGCUCAUUUUGAAAAGUUCUUGAAUAAUAUGGCACCUGAAGACAAAGCCAUUGUGUUUGUUAGCAGAAAACUCAUUGCUGAUGACAUAUCAAGUGACUUAGGCAUCCAAGGCGUACCUGUACAAUUAUUGCAUGGCAACAGAGAGCAAGAAGAGCGCGAACAGGCAUUGGAAGAAUUUAAAUCUGGUGGUGUGAAAUUAAUGAUUGCAACCGAUUUAGCAUCUCGAGGCCUCAACGUUGAUGAUAUUACACAUGUAUUUAAUUACGAUUUCCCACGCAAUAUUGAAGAGUAUGUACACAGAGUGGGGCGUACUGGAAGAGCUGGCAAGAGUGGUACAUCGAUAACCUUAAUUACCGAAAAUGAUUCGAAGGUUGCUGAUGAAUUGAUUAACAUUCUGAAGAGAACAAGUCAGAGCAUCCCAGAAGAACUUGUAAUCAUGGCAGAAGAAUACAAACAGAAGAUUGCUGAAAGAAGAUAA